AUGGCGAAUGAUUUUUAUGGACCGGUUGAUGAUUCGGUACUUCGAAAUCAAGCAAAGCAUAUAAGCACAUCAAUUUGGCAUGACAUUCAAAGGGAUAAAUUGCAAAUCCGUCAAAAUACGUCUCAAAUCAAUCAGUGGGUACUGAAUGAUUAUCAAGUGCAUCUAUUGCAACAAUGGGGGUUUGGGAUGUUUGCAAACCCACGGACGGUUAUGCAAAAUGAUGUCUGCUUGAUCACUGCAUUGGUGGAGCAUUGGAGGCCCGAAACUAAUACAUUUCACUUCACAUUCGGGGAGAUGACAGUGACCCUGGAAGAUGUGUAUAUGUUGAUGGGUCUACCAGUUGUUGGGGAGGCGGUCAGACUUGACUUUGAUGUGGCGGCAUCACAUACAUGGCUACAUGCAUGGCGCGAUCCAAAUCUUUCAGUUGAAGAAAGGAAAACGGCUUGGGAUCGUGGUGGUGUUAAAUUAAGUUUUCUAAGAAAAAGGUAUCGUGUAUGUCCUUCGGAUGCGGAUCGGGACGUUCAGGAGAUAUACACCCGGGGGUAUAUUUUCUAUUUGUGUGGGGCGAUAUUGUUUCCUACAAAGUCCAACAAUGUAGCUCACCCCCGACUAAUCGCGUUUCUACUUGAUACCAAAAAAAUUUAUGGAUAUGCUUGGGGGGCCGCGGUGCUUGGUUAUUUAUAUAGAAAUCUUGGUGAGGCAAGCGAUAAAAACUGCAAGCAAAUAACCGGUUGCACUACGCUUUUGAUGCUAUGGGCUCGUGAGAGAUUACGCCCGGGACAACCAAAGAUAGCAGAAAAUACUCGUCACAUGUGGCCUAGGGCCUUUGCAUGGGCGAUUGCUCCGGUUGCUGCUAGAAAGUUGAAAUAUUUCAAUAUUCAUCACCAUAUUGAUGCAUAUAGAGCAAUGUUUGAUAAUUUUGAUACGAGAUGGGUUCAUUGGACUCCCUAUACACGUUUCUAUCGGAGGUAUUGCUCGUGUUCCGCUCAUUUUUUUCGAGAACAUAGAGUAUCAACUGCCGGAGAGGGUUACAAGGCAGUUCGGCAUGCCAUUGUGGUUACCGCAAGCUCCCCCUGA